AUGAGGCAGAUGUGUACACCACACACAACAGACGGACCCAAGCACCCGGGUGCGACCUCCAGCGCGGCAGUGUUUGUCUUUCGGUGCUGGUGGUUGAUCGACGGCAGUGCUGCGAGGCGUUAUGAACGAGCGUUACACGCAGUCUCAGUGACCUACAGAAGCAUCGCCAACGCUCCGCAGGAUGAGGAGAUCGGGAUACAUGGCAGCAUCAGCAGCGGAGGAGGGGACACCGUUAUUAUACCCGGCAGCACUCGGCGCCACCUGAAGCCCCGCCUCAUCCUUGGGAAGGCUUGGGGCCGCUCCGUGAAAUGGCUCAAGGCGCGCAAGAAGGGCGAACAAGCCUAUCGCCUGGUCGACCGCGAGGGCCCCUUUCACCAGUCCAUUGGAAGGUGGAAUAUUCGACGGCUCAAGACCCAGGCGGACGUGCAGAAACUCAUUGGCCUCGAUCCCUUCCAUAGCUUCCUCAACCAGUCUACCCUUAAGAUCAUCCUUCUCAUCAUUGCGCUGUACCUGAGCCUGGUCCUCCUCUUCGCCAUCGUGUACACGACGAUAUCCCUUACCCUGGGGUGCAACCUGCAACUGACGAGCAUCCGAGAGGGCUUCUUGUUUUCCUUGGAGACGAUGACCACGGUAGGGUACGGGACCCACGACUACCUCUUCGGCUCCUGCUGGAUCAUGCUGCCGAUGCUGAGCCUGCAGGCGUGCAUUGGCCUGCUCAUCGACGCCUUCCUGAUCGGGAUCCUGUUCGCGAGGCUCAGCCGGCCGCAGACGCGCGCGAACACCGUCGUCUUUACGAAGAACGCGGUCAUCAGACGAGUGCGCGGGGAGGCCUACUUCAUGUUGGGGAGCUCCGCAAGCACCAGCUGCUGGAAACCCGUGUGCGCUGCUACGCCCUCCGCCACGAGCGGCUGA